AUGAGGAGUUUGUUUAUCCUCUGGACAUUGCUUGUGCCAACAAUCUUCUCUGAGUCAGAGUCGGUUCGCAUUGACACAAGUGAUUAUCUUCAAAAGAUCUUGAAGAAAGAUACGAAAGGAAUCAAAUAUGUCAUAGACCCAAACUUGGAUGCUUCUACUAUGUUUCAAAUUUUCAACGAAAAGGAUGACAGCACGUUCAAGGGCAAUGACAAGGACAACGACAAGGACAACGACUGCCCUCCUUGUUUCAAUUGUAAUCUACCGAACUUUGAAUGCACGCAAUUUUCACAGUGUAACACGUUCACAGGUAUGUGUGAAUGUCAGCCUGGUUAUGGUGGAUUGGAUUGUUCAGAGCCGUUAUGUGGCUCAUUGGCAGAUGGCAACAACAAGAGGCCAAUUCGUCACAAGAAUGAAAAUUGUAAAUGCAAGUCUGGAUGGGCGGGUAUCAACUGUAACUUGUGUGAACGAGACGACGUUUGUGAUGCGUUUAUGCCAGAUGGCGUGAAGGGAACAUGCUAUACUGAAGGAAUUAUUGUUAAAAAUUUCCACCAAAUGUGCGAUGUCACCAACCCCAAGAUAUUAUCAAUCUUGAAUGGCAAGAUCCCGCAAGCAACUUUUGCAUGUAACAAGACAUCGGAAAAUUGCAAUUUCCAAUUUUGGAUUGACCAAAAGGAGUCAUUUUACUGUGAUUUAAACAAAUGUGUUUUGGACUAUGAUCUCAGCAAAAACACUACACAUUACAACUGUGAAGAAGUUGCUUGCAAAUGUCUUCCGGACAGAAUGCUAUGUGGUGAAGAUGGAUCAAUAGACAUUUCAGAAUUUUUAUCCGAAACAAUCAAGGGACCUGGAGAUUUCACCUGUGAUAUAGCAGACAAAAAGUGUCGUUUUUCAGAACCCAGUAUGAAUGAUUUGAUUCAGAAUGUGUUUGGAGAUCCUUAUAUUACACUUCAGUGUAAAUCUGGAGAAUGUGUACACAAGAGUGAGAUCCCUGGCUACAAUCGUCCUGAGGAUCCUAAGCUUACAUUGGGCAGUAUUUUCCUGAUCAUUGGGGUAUUACUUAUCUGUAUUCUUUUAGUGGUUACAAUAUUGAGGACAGUUAACGAGUCUGCUUUAUUUCAAAAAAGCAGUGGUUAUGAACCCCUUGCUACAGACACUAGUAUUAUGAAUGAGAACUUUGAACCAGCAACCCUUUCGUUUGAGAAUAUAAGCUACUCUGUAGGAGAAAAUAACAACAAUCGCGUAUUGAACAAUGUUUUUGGAUUGGUGAAACCAAGGGAGUGUUUAGCUAUCAUGGGUGGAUCUGGUGCAGGAAAGACAACUCUCUUGGAUAUCUUGGCAGGUAAAAACAAAGAUGGUAAGAUUUCAGGCUCGAUUUAUGUUAAUGGAAACACUGUGAAACCCAAAUAUUACAAAGAAAUUGUUGGAUUUGUUGAUCAAGAAGACCAUUUAAUUCCAACCUUGACUGUUUACGAAACUGUUUUGAACAGUGCUUUGCUUAGGUUGCCCAGAAACAUGUCAUUACAGCACAAGCAAGCAAGGGUAUUGGAAGUGCUAAACGAGUUGAGAAUUUUGGGAAUCAAAGAUCGUGUUAUUGGAUCAAACUUCAAAAGAGGUAUCUCUGGAGGUGAAAAGAGGAGAGUUUCAAUUGCGUGCGAGUUAGUGACAUCGCCAUCAAUCUUGUUUCUUGAUGAGCCCACUUCUGGAUUAGAUUCGUAUAAUGCAAGAAAUGUUGUUGACUGUUUGGUAAAGUUGUCUCGUGACUAUGAUCGAACCAUUGUUUUCACUAUUCACCAACCAAGAAGUAAUAUUGUGUCAUUAUUUGACAAGUUGAUUUUAUUAAGUGAUGGUGACUUGAUCUUUUCAGGAGACAUGAUCAAGGCUAAUGAUUUUUUCACAAAAAAUGGUUACAAGUGUCCAUUGGGCUACAAUAUCGCAGAUUACCUUAUUGACAUUACAGUUGACCAUAACAAAGUUGUCAAAGUCACUAAUGCCGGCUCUGAAGUUGUUUCUGCAACAUCUACUGAAUUUCGCGAUGAACAAGAUGCUCAUACUAGGUUUCUUAAUAAUAGAACUGCCAGCCAAGAAGACACGACGCAAGAAUGGGAACAUUUUGCUGUGCAUCGUGAUGAAUACAACACUGAUGUCAUUGGCAGGCGCAAGACUGCAUCGGGUGAGGAAGAGACCUUGUUGAAGCUAAGAAACAAGCUUCAUUCUUUGUUUGUUGAAUCAUCUCUUGCUGGAGAGAUUACGCAUGAGAUUGAGGAAGGUAAGGAAAACCCGCAACCUUUAAGUCUUCAGCUCCACAACAUCAAAAAGGCUACAUUUAUUGACCAAGUUGCAAUUCUCUCGUCGAGAACUUUCAAAAAUCUUUACAGAAAUCCGCGACUCUUGUUGGCCCAUUACGUGUUAUCCUUAUUUGUUGGUUUAUUCACUGGUUAUUUGUAUUACGAUGUGAAGAAUGACAUUAGUGGUUUCCAAAACCGAUUAGGUUUCUUUUUCUUUAUAUUGGCCUUUUUUGGGUUUUCAUCUUUGACAGGAUUGCAUUCAUUUGCCACUGAAAGAAUUAUUUUUGUUAGAGAAAGAGCCAACAAUUAUUACGAGCCACUUGCAUAUUAUGUGAGCAAGAUUUUCUGUGAUGUAAUUCCAUUGAGAGUCUUGCCUCCAAUCUUGUUGAUUAGUAUUGCGUACCCGUUGGUAGGUUUAACAAUGGAACACAAUGCGUUCCUCAAAACAAUACUUACCUUGGUGCUUUUCAAUGUUGCAGUUACUGUGGAAAUGUUAAUUGUUGGUAUAUUGAUCAAGGAACCAGGAACUUCGACAAUGCUUGGUGUAUUGUUGUUGUUGUUGUCGUUGCUAUUUGCCGGAUUGUUUAUCAACAGCGAUGAUUUGAAGGUGCUGAUUAAAUGGCUCGAAUGGGUAUCUGUGUUUCAUUAUGCAUACGAGGCAUUGGCGAUAAACGAGGUGAAGGAUUUGAUUUUAAGAGAGAAAAAGUACGGAUUAUCUAUUGAGGUUCCAGGUGCAGUUAUUCUCAGCACUUUUGGGUUCAAUGUGGGUGCUUUUUGGAAAGACGUCAGUUUUUUGGGCGUCUUGUCCGUCUUAUUUUUGAUCUUGGGCUAUAUUUUCCUUCAUUUCUUUACUUUCGAAAGACGCUAA